UGCAAGGUUUCCCAUAAACAGCAAAUUUUUCAGAUUGCACCUUUAAUAGUAAGGAGCACAUUUCUUAUGAAGUUGGGUCACUGUGGUGGAAGGUAAAUGCAGUAUCAAACAAGGUGUUUGCAAAGAAGGCGCAGGCAAGUAGCAUGCGUAAAACCACAAUCUUUCCAAAAUGCAGACGUUUUUCCGCUCGAUCUCUUCACUAUCCUCAACGCAUACUCUGUCUUGAGUGUAUUGUCGCGAAAGGACAAAGUUGAGUUUUUUUUAUUCGGAUUUUUGUAUCCUAAGACGUUUUGAGAAUCCAUUUCAGAUUUCAGAUAAAAUGUCCAAUAUGAAGACCUUCUCCUGGAUUGUGUUUGCCCUGUGCAUUCUCAAUGUGGUGGGUGAGGUGGUCUACAAGAGAAUGGGGCAGUCUGACAGCAUCAAAAUUGAUUGUGGAGUCAAGACGUCUAACAAGGAUGUAGAGUGGAGACAUAAAGCUGUGGAUGGAACUGAAUCUGUGCUGAUUGUGGAGAUGAAAGGGAAGAGUGGCAAGAUACGGAGAGGAAAGGCUCCCAUGGUUGAAAGGGCAAAGGUGAGAGGGGACGGGCUGGAAAUCUCUGCUCUACAGGCUGGUGAUGCCGGACUUUACAUCUGUACAGUGGACAGGAGCAAGAUGGAGCACAGACUCUACUUUGUCACAGUCACGGUCCACCCCUCCACUGUCCUCUUCCAGGGCACCAAUGCUACCCUCGAGUGCCAGGUGACAGGAGUGGAUCGCUUGCCCAGUGUGGAGUGGCUUAGUCCAGGUGGAGAGACGAAAGGGGCCCCUGGAGGACCUGGCUCUGGGAAGGUCUCUUUCAGCCCUGUGGCCCUGUCAGACACAGGAGAAUGGACAUGUCAGAUUACUCAGGAUGAGAAGACACACAAAGAGACUCAGACCAUCAACGUGAAAAGUACAUAAUAGGUGGUUUUGGUAGCAUCCCCAAUACAACCAUGAUAGUAAUGAAUAUAACAAUGCUUUUGUCUUUUAUCGCUCAGGUUCGCCCUCCUUCCGGUAGAGGGCGAAGAUGAUGGGCAGGGGCACAGUGGACCUAACUCUGAUGUAAACACAGCAACACCAUGCUAUCACAGUACCAAAUCCAGCCAGCAGCAUGUUGAGGGGGUGUCCAUACUGGACUUAAGCCUGUGGGUGUGGGUGGCAGUGGGAGCAGGGUGCCUGGUGGUGAUCUUACUCCUGGUGACCAUUUUUCUCCUGCACCUGAGGAACAGAAGAAUGAAGAGAAGAGGCCGGAAGGUGAAGAACUACUGCCAGUGUAACCGCACUCUAGAGGGUCCACCGCGGAGGACACAGAGAGAGAAGCCAUCGGCUGUACCACGGCAACAGCGCUGAUGGAGCAGAGUAUUAUGGGCUGGAACAUGAUUGAUCGACGACACAGGGUGGAUGGAAGAAUGAUAGAGAGAGAGAAAGAAAAGUAGUCUUAUACAGUUAGAGAGAUACAAGGGAAAGAGAGGGGGGGUUGAGAUAAUGUAAAUGGGCUUAUGUCUAAUGAUGAAAUUAUAUAAACUGAAAAUCAUGUAUUGAAGAAUGAAACCAACAAUGUUAUUCUUCCCUAUAUGUUAUUGAAUGUAAUCUGACAUCUUUCCAGCAUUGUCAGACCAUCCUCUACUGCAUUGCAUCUUUGUACU